CCUUCUUCUCGUGUCGGACUCGUACCUCUUUCUGCUUCGUGGAAGAAACAGCAACAAUGGAAGAAGCAGCAAUCGAGUGUCGAUAAGCUUUUGAUCUGCCAUUCCGCCGAUGUAUAAUCAAUCUCUUCAAUCAGAAGAAACAGAAACAAUGGAAGAAGCAGCAAUCGAGUGUCGAUAAGCUUUUGAUCUACCAUUCCGCCGAUAUAUAAUCAACCCUUUUCAAUCAGGGCACUGCGUUUCUUAUAUACAACAUUUCUCGAGUGUGAUUGGUGUGAUUCAAGUGCUUCCAGUUUAGGUUUUGUUUGCUUGUUGAGAAAAUUUUAAGUGAUGAAAUCGCAUCUCUUUCUGCUUUGUAGAAGAAACAGCAACAAUGGAAAAAGCAGCAAUCGAGUGUCGAUAAGCUUUUGAUCUACCGUUCCGCCGAUAUAUAAUCAACCCCUUUCAAUCAGGGCACUGCGUUUCUUAUAUACAACAUUUCUCGAGUGUGAUUGGUGUGAUACAAGUGCUUCCAGUUUAGGUUUUGUUUGCUUGUUGAGAAAAUUUUAAGUGAUGAAAUCGCAUCUCUUUCUGCUUUGUAGAAGAAACAGCAACAAUGGAAAAAGCAGCAAUCGAGUGUCGAUAAGCUUUUGAUCUACCGUUCCGCCGAUAUAUAAUCAACCCCUUUCAAUCAGGGCACUGCGUUUCUUAUAUACAACAUUUCUCGAGUGUGAUUGAAGAAACAGCAACGAUGAAAGAAGCAGCAAUCGAGUGUUGAUAAACUUUUGAUCUACCAUUCCGCCGAUAUAUAAUCAACCCCUUUCAAUCAGAACAAUAUCAGGGAAGAGAUAAUGGAUCUUAAUUUGAACCAAGAACAAAUAGAGUCUCCCAAUGUUUCUAUGCUUAGGGGAGGGUCUUCAUUACAUGAGUUAGAAACAACAAAUGGUUGCAUUGAAGAGCGUAUUGGACGACCUGAAGCUGUCACAUCCAGGAUGAGGCAACAUGAGAGGCAGAUAGAAGCCCAAACGUCACAUCUUCCAGUGAACAAUUCUUUAGAGGCUGCUGCAGCUAAUGCCCACAGUGAUGGCAGCCUGCUUGUUGAGGCCAGCGGCACUAAUUUCCAAGAAAGACCUGGCGAGAAUGCCAAAGUUACCAAAAGGUAUAGUCCUGAUUUGGUAGCUAAGGCGUUGGGUGUGGAUGCAAAUGGCAAGAAUGGAAGGAAUAUUGGUGGUGGCUUCUUUGACUGUAAUAUAUGCUUCAGAAUGGCUAGAGAUCCAGUAUUGACAUCUUGUGGACAUUUGUUUUGUUGGCCAUGCUUCUAUCAGUUUCCAUGUACUUAUUCUAAUGUGAAGGAGUGCCCAGUGUGUGAUGGAGAGGUGACGGAUGCGAGCAUUAUUCCAAUAUAUGGGAAUGUAGGAAAUGACAAUAACUGCCAGUCCAAGUCGAAUGAAUCUUGCUCGGAGUUCCCCCAAAGGCCUCAAGCACAAAGGGUUGAGAGUGCAAGACAACAGCGCAUCAUGCAACGUGUAUUUCCUCCAAUUGAAGAAAGAAUCUUGCAACUUAGAAGUAUAAUUGGUAUGAUGAGUGACCAAAAUCAGUCUCCUGAUGCUGGUGAUGCGAAUGCUACGUCCGGAAGAAGCAAUAGACUUCCCACUACAGAGAGGGUGGGAAAUCAGCGGCGUCUUCCCCCUCGAAUUUCAAGACUUAUAUUGCAAAGAGCUGCUUCCUUCUCUUCACUUUCAUCUGCAUUGAGUUCUGCAAUGGAUUCUGCAGAGAGUUUAGUUGACGACCUUGAAGCAAUUGUUGAUAGUAAUAACUUGAGAAGAAGUAAUCAAGUGUCAUCACAUCUCAUUGAUAGACAGUUACCUUCUCAAUUUCCUGCUUUUGUUCAACCAGACAGCCUGACUCGAGAUACUGCUGCUGCAAUUGAUUCUACAGUAUCCCUUUUGGCUACAUCAUCUAGCGCGGUGGAUAUUCCUGCUAAUGUUGUAUCCCUUGAAAACCAGACAACAGAUACUGCUAGAGAUUUCAAUUCAAGAGCAGCCUCUUCUUCUUCAUCUUCCAGGACAAUGAAUGAAUUAUCAGGAACUUCAGAUGUUGAUGCGGGAAUUUCUCGUCUGUCAAGAAGGAGAAGGGUGGAAUGAUAUGGUCUUUGCCCAACCUAAAUGAGUGACAUAAUCACAGUCUGGUUCAGAUCAGUAGUAAACCCAGUUGUUCUCUGUGACAACUCCCUCACAGACAUUGAAGCUGAACUCUGAGUCAUUACCACCCAUGAAAGAUGAAGAAGAAGAAUAAAAGAGCUUAAGCUGGUGCUCGUGAUCUUCACCCUUGCAAGUUUCAGGCAUGGUGGUGCAGCCAACAUGAAGAUCAUAAUCACAGAUGGAGCAGUGAUAGGUAAAUGAAGUUCCAUAAUCGUCGCAAGUGUUGCAGGUGAAAAUGGCUUGGCCGUAAGGCAGGGAGAGGAAGAGGGAGAUGGAGUGUUGAGGAUGAGAUUUGUGAUGGAAAUCUCUUGGUGUAUCAAAACAUGAUUUGUGCAGCAAGAAAUCACAGGUUGACUUUGUGCAUUUGAAAGCUGAGCCCAACACAUCCAGUUCACAGUAAGAAUAAUCAGUUCAUCUUCUUCUUUGAUAUCAGACGGCUGCAGUGGAUGACAAUGGCUAAAAUGCUAUUCAUUGAUCAAUCUUUCUGCUUUUAUUUAUUAUCUGCCUCUGUGGUUGAAUUUCUAAUAAACCCAUUUCUUAUCUAUAUGUAUAAAUAUACAUAUAUGGUAUCAAGUUGAUGCUUAGUUUUUCCA